AUUCCUACCAAAACACACGUGUUUUUGUUGAAACGUUACCGUUUUAUAUAAAAUCCAACGUAGAACUUGGAUUUUUCCUUAAUUUAUCUAAAUUGUUAGUUUCGGUGUAAUUCAAAAUGGAAAACGAUGAGUUGCCCGGAUUCGAUUUGCCCGAUACAUCCAACACAAGUGAGUGGAAGGAUAAAUCGAAAUCAACUAAAGCUAAAGGUGGCUUUAUGGCAAUGGGCUUGAGUUAUAAUGUGGUAAAAGGCAUUACAAAACGUGGUUAUAAAAUCCCGACACCGGUGCAACGGAAAACGAUUCCAUUGAUCUUAGAAGGACGGAAUGUCGUGGCUAUGGCCAAAACAGGAUCCGGUAAAACGGCUUGCUUCCUGAUUCCGAUGCUUGAGAAAUUGAAAACACGACAGGCACACACAAACGCCAGAGCAUUGAUUCUUUCGCCAACGCGUGAGUUGGCCGUGCAAACAUUCAAAUUUAUCAAGGAAAUCGGCAAAUACAUGGAUUUACAAACGAUUCUUGUACUUGGUGGCGAUCCAAUUAAUUCACAAUUUCAAGCGAUGCAUACCUGUCCAGAUGUAAUCGUUGCAACACCAGGUCGUUUUUUGCAUUUGUGCGUUGAAAUGGAUUUGAAACUAUCGUCAGUUGAGUACGUUGUUUUUGAUGAAGCCGAUCGUCUUUUUGAAAUGGGUUUUGGUGAACAACUCAAUGAAACGCUGAAUCGAUUACCAGAGUCGAAGCAAAUGGUCAUGUUUAGUGCUACGUUGCCAAAAAUGCUGGUCGAUUUUGCAAAGGCUGGUUUGAAUGAUCCGGUACUCAUUCGGCUUGAUGUGGAUUCUAAAAUACCAGAGAAAUUGAACAUGAAAUUUGUACACAUUCGACCAGACGAACGUUAUUCUGCCUUGAUAUGUCUAUUGAAGUAUAUCGUCAUGGAAGGAUCACAGACCGUGGUGUUUGUCGCGACGCAGCAUCACGUUGAAUUAGUUUCAUACGUAUUGCAUCAAGCCAAAAUUACGAACACAUUCAUUUAUUCGAGCAUGGAUCCAUCGGCGCGAAAAAUUAACACGGCUCGUUUUCGUUUGAAUAAAGUAUCAGUGUUGAUUGUUACUGAUAUUGCAGCACGUGGUAUCGAUAUUCCACAAUUGGAUUACGUGGUAAAUGUACAUUUUCCAGGAAAACCAAAGUUAUUCGUUCAUCGUGUUGGUCGUUGUGCUCGUGCUGGUAGAAAUGGUACAGCGUUUUCACUCGUAUCAACCGACGAUGAAGCACAUUUAUUGGACCUGUAUUUGUUCUUGAAUCGGACAUUUGACAUCAAUAAAGCAACUGAGAUUGGCACAGUACCACCUGACUUGUUGGAAGAUGAACAUGAAGCCGUUUUGAAAUGGCUUGCAAACCAACAUAUCUCUGGCGUAUUAAAUACCGCAACCAAUGCUUACAAGAAGUAUUUGAGUACACGGCCAGUAGCAUCUAAUGACGCCAACAAACGUGUCAAGUCGAUUAACUUUAAUAUGUUACCGGCAUUACGCGAUUUCAACGAAUACUUGUACGGUGACAAAGUUGAUGAGAAAAAGGAUGUGCUCCAUGUUACACUUUUAUCCAAAAUGCAAAACUACAGGCCAACGGGGACAAUAUUCGAACUGAAUCCGCACCAAAACUCAGCGCAGUGCGAAGUAAUGAAAAAUAAACGUCUAGCCCAUAGUAAAAUUAUUGAGAAUUUCCAAGAGAACGCCCAACAGGCUGACGUCGUUCGACAUGAUAUGGCCGAUAUGAUGGAGAAUAUACUGCCAAAGUCAAGUGACAAAGAAAUUAGUUCAACAUUUUCGAAUGUGGUUUCCGAACGAAAACGCAACAUCGAUGAAUUGUACGAGAGAAAGAAGAAGAAGAAGAAGAACUUCAAGAAGUUGAAAUUGGGAAAAUCGACUCGCGAUACAGAGAAUUACAUCCCAUAUCAUUCGAGUGAUAAGCACACCGAGGACGGCUUAGCUAUAAAUUCAUUCGAAAGACAAGCACAAAAUGCUGAAUUGAGUAUAUCAACCAAUACGCAGGAAAUGCACUAUAGACCGGGCCAAAAGAAAUGGGACCGUAUCAAGAAGAAAAUGGUGUCUGUUGAAAAUCCAAAAGCCGGAAAAAUUCGCACAGAAUCUGGUAUUUGGAUUCCGGCCACAUACAAAACAGGACGAUAUGCUGACUGGAAGGAGAAAACUAAAACAGAAGAUAUUCUCCAUCAAGAAAUGGGCCUUGAAGCUCCAAAACGUAAUGAGGAAAUUGUAACCACACAAUGGAAACGGCAUAAUCUCAAAGAAGAGGUGAAGAAACGUAUGAAGGGCAACUCUGGCGAAAUGAAAACACCCGAACAAAUUGUACGUGAACGUUUGAGACUUGAACUCAUUAAAAAUCGUGAAAGAGUCAACAAACAUGUUAAGAAUUCGAAUCGAAAACGGACCGCUAAACAACAAAAGCAAAGACAACGAAAAUAAGAAGCAACUGUUAUCUGCCUUCAUGGCAAUUCUUCUUGAAAUAUUUUUUUUUAAUAAAGAAAAUACUAUUUACAAUUCGAGAAAA